AGGCAUCAGGUCAUUUUGGCUCGACACGCGGGCACCGCGUCAUCUGGCAAGGCAGUGGCUCCGAGUCAACAGGCACGACAGUGGGCACCACCGGGUCAUCAGGUACCGGAUUGUCUGGCUCGACAGCGGGCAUCGGGGUCACCAGGUAUGACAGCGGGCACUGGGGUCACCAGGCAUCAGGUCAUUUGGGGCUUGCCAGCGGGCAAACCGCGUUCAUCUGGCAAGGCAGUGGGCACCUGCGGCACGGUCACCAGGCAUUGGAUCGUCUGGCUCGACAGCGGCAUCGGGUCACCAGGCAUCAGGUCAUUUGGCUUGUCAGGUCAGGGCACCGCGUCAUCACCUGGCAAGGCAGUGGCACCAGGUCACCAGGUAUCUUCCCAUACGACAGCGGGCUCUGAGUCAAUUGGCUCACGACAGCGGGCACCGGAUCAGGUACCGGAUCAUCUGGAUCAACAGCGGGCAUCGAGUCAACUG